CGCCCCUUGUCCCUCAGUCCCGUGUCGCCUGGCCUCAGAGCUGAGCGGCGCAGUGCUACCUCUCAGUAACCACCUUCCAGGCCUGUCGCAGUUGGGCUCGGGCUCCUUUGCCGAGCCACCAUGUCGCAGAGCGGGGAGGAGAACCUGCAGGGCUCCUGGGUAGAACUGCACUUCAGCAAUGGGAAUGGGAGCAGCGUUCCAGCCUCCGUCUCUAUUUACAAUGGUGACAUGGAAAAAAUACUGUUGGAUGCCCAGCAUGAAUCUGGACGAAGUAGCUCCAAGAGUUCUCACUGUGACAGCCCACCUCGCUCCCAGACACCACAAGAUACCAACAGAGCUGAAAUAGACACCCACAGCUGUGGCGAGAAAAACAGCACUCUGUCUGAGGAAGAUUAUAUUGAGAGAAGAAGAGAAGUUGAAAGUAUCUUGAAGAAAAACUCAGAUUGGAUAUGGGAUUGGUCAAGUCGACCAGAAAAUAUUCCCCCCAAGGAGUUCCUUUUUAAACACCCAAAGCGCACAGCUACUCUCAGCAUGAGAAACACAAGCGUUAUGAAGAAAGGGGGCAUUUUCUCAGCAGACUUUCUGAAGGUUUUCCUUCCAUCUCUGUUACUGUCUCAUCUGCUGGCCAUUGGCUUGGGGAUCUACAUUGGAAGGCGUCUGACAACUUCCACUAGCACCUUCUGAUGAAGAUUUGGAUCUUCUGUUCGCACAGUGAGGACUCCUAUCUGAGCUGUGACAGCUAAUUGAAGAACUAGCAU